AUGGCUAAAAGCAACCGUCCGUGGAUGUACAACAAUAAAAAGAAUAAAACUAAACCAGUGGCAGCAGCUACGGAGGAACGCACUGAAUGCACCACCUGCCAGGGAUCAUUCCCAGACAUGUCAAUGAUGGAAUUUACCCAUCAUGUCAUCAAUUGCCGACAACAA